CAGCUGUGAAGUGACCGGGUGCCAUGCUCUGCAUAGCUUUCUCUUGGUGGUUUGUUUAUUCUACCCUUCAAUUCACAGAAGAAACAAAAUUUUGGAUUACAUCUUCAUGUCUACACUGGGCGACGACGAGUUAAGCUUAGUUCUCAAUUGGGUUCAUGACCAAGACCACAGGAAAGCCUUCUCUCAAGUCUGCAAGCAAUGGCUGCGAGUGGAAGGCUUAACCCGGUUAUCCAUUCGCGUUCUUGAACCCGAUCUCAUUCCCACUUUCAUGCCCAGAUUCCCAAAUUUGCUUUUGUUCGAAACGGCGAUGUUUAUCUCCAAUUCCCACCUUGAAUUCGUGGCUAAAAGGUGUCCAAAACUCGAAGUUCUUAACCUUAAUCUUAGGAAAACGCGUGAAGAAUUCGAUGAAAUUGAUGGGAAUUCUGUUUUUGAAGACGUUGGGAAUGAUGGGAUUUGCGCUUUGGCUAAUGGGUGUCCUAAUUUAUCAAAAGUUUUGUUGAGAAAGAGAAAGAAUGUAGGCAGCGUUGCCGUUAUUUCCCUCGUUAACUUCUUGCAGAAUUUGAUAACUCUGGAUUUAGGAAGGUGUAAUCUGGUGGAUGACCAAGCUGUUGAAGCAAUUGGGUCUUCGAAUUCGAUACGGGUUUUGAAUUUGGGAGCUUGUUCAUUGGUUACUGACCAUGGAUUGGCUGCUUUAGCAACUGGUUAUAUCUCAAAAUCAUUGGAAAAAUUGGUUCUUGCAGAGUGCGAUCGAAUUACUGAUUCUGGGGUGUCAAUGCUGAAGCAUAUUUGUUGCUUGGAGGAGUUAAAUUUAGCUGAAUGUGGGCCAAAGAUAACAGAUUCUGGCGGGGUGGCAGUUUCUUCAAUUACAAGUCUUAGGAAAUUGAAUUUGGCUUGGUUGAUUAACUUAUCGGAUUUCACAGUUAUUGCAAUUGCUGAGAAUUGUGUGAAUUUGGUGGCUAUUGAUUUAACAGGUUGUGAGUUGGUCACUGGAGCAGGUGUCGGAGCAUUUGGGAAUCAUCAGCGUUUGGAGUCUCUGGUGUUGGCUUCUUGCUAUAAUAUUUGUAUGGAUGAUUUGGAUAUGGUGCUCAGAUGCCGGUCAUUGAGGGAUAUUGUGCUUGAUAAAGGACUGAGAAUGUGGAUACCAAUGGCAAUGCAAGUGAAUAUCAGCAGGUUUUGUCAGUUGCAUUGGAGGUGAUGGAUGAACUAAAGGGUAAAAUGUUUUUGUAGGAUAGAAUUGGCUUAGAUCAAGGUUAGUGCUUCUCGAUUUUUGAGCAAUUCUUAUUUAUAUGCCAUUUUUUACCUCAAAUUUUGUAUCAUUUUUUAUAUCUUAAAACAAGAAGAUUGUCAAAAGAUUCCUUUGUCAUUGCUUCCUGGAGCAACUGAUAGUUUCACUGAUUCCUUCAAACAUACUUCAUUAUCUCUUGUUUUGAUUCCUUUUUAGCUAAGUAAAAUUAAUGUCCCAGCGAUUUUAAGCGUUCUAAAACUACGUAGGUGGGAUUGAGAUAAAUGUUAGUAGUAAAAAUUUCUUUUCUCUGUGAGCUUAAGGCAAGGCAAGGCAUUCAUGUUCUUGUUGAAGGAAGCUGAUAAUUUUAGUUUGAUGGAAAGCAGAACUAACUGGUUGUGUUGUGAAGCUUUUUGUUUACUUUACUUUGCUAGGUUCAUGACACAUUCAUCAAUCCAAAGUAUCCCUCUUCUUUUUCCCUGUUCAUUUAAUUCCAUACAAAACACAAGUCAAUGGUUGACAAUGGUAUGUCACGUUCGCCUCCAUGCUAAAUGAUUUCUCCAUUACAAAGCCUCUGGGACCUGCUUAAAUGGGCAGUUGUUCCUUUAGGUCAUGCCCUACUCCACUUUCUCUGUUGUAAGAAUAAACUUUAUUGCUCCACUCUCAGCUAACAGUUUUGUAGUUGAAUUCCCUAUUGAAAAGUUUAUGUUGACAAAGAUGAAGGCUUUGGGUCAUUUUGGCCUUUAUGUCACCGGUUUUGUUAAGGUCAUGCAAUUCUGUUAGCAUCUUAACAUGAACUAUGAGGGCAGGUACCUAUGGGCCAUUGAAGGAGGCUGGUUUCGAGCUUUUCCUGGCUUCUCUUCCAUCCUGUAAUUAGCUGAGAAUGAGUUUUAGAUGUUGAUUUUGAUUGGGAGAAUCUGCAGGGGAUAACAUGUUAAGAACUUAACUCACAAAAGGCUUAAAUAAUUGAGGAUAAAAGUGAAAAACUUUAGUACUACAUUCUCUCUGCAAUUGAUUAAUAAAAUUUUUUAAAAAAUUGUUUGAAUUGAAUAAAUUUAAAAUUUAAAAAGUUUAUUAAACCAAGCAAUUUGAUGAUGUUUUAGUUGCUUUUGUAAAUUUUUCAUACCAAACGGGAAAAGAGAGAC